UAUAAGGGGUAUAAAUACAUAAAACUGACGUAAAAUUCGACCAGAGGGUUUUCGUACUUCGAGCAAAACACACAGUGUAACUUGUUUCAAAGAGCAAAAAACCUUCCCGGCAAAGUUUAAAAACUAAAAAAAAUCUCAGCUUCAAAAUGUUGAAAGUUAUAGUUUUCGUAUUUGUGAUGCUUUUCUCUCUGUCUCAUUGUUGCUUAAUAACCAACUGUCCACGAGGAGGAAAACGUGGUGAUCCUACAUUUUUUUUAGAAAAUAUAGCUAGAGAAUGUCCGGUGUGCGGCCACGAGGAGCAGGGCCACUGCUUCGGGCCCCACAUCUGCUGCAGCCCCAGCAUGGGCUGCCUCAUCGGCACCUCCGAGACGCUGUCCUGUAGAAAGGAGAGCCUCUACUCGAGGCCUUGCGUCGCCGGCUUCGCCAUGUGCCAGAACAACAACGGGAGAUGCGCAGCCAAUGGAAUUUGUUGCUCUCAAGAAUCCUGUUUCAUUGAUCCAGCUUGCAAGUUGGUAGACGAGAACAAUGAUAGAAAAAUAGGCGCUGAAUUUGGUGCGUUUCUUUUAGAAAAUUCCGGCAGAAAUGAGCAUAUUCUCUGAACGUUCAAGCAUAAAUUAAAUAUCAAUCGAUUCAAUUUAAUCUAAUCUGUACAAAUAGCAACUCACAGAAUCAAGAUGUAUUAUUAAAAGUCAACCAAAUCAACAAUAUUAACAAUAAUGAUAAUAUUC